AUGGAGACACGAGGUGAGAUUACGCAUUCAAAGUUCAAUAGGAUUUGUGUGUUCUGUGGAAGUAGCCCCGGCAAGAAGAGUAGUUAUCAAGACGCUGCCAUUGAGCUUGGCAAUGAAUUGGUCUCAAGGAACAUCGAUCUGGUGUAUGGUGGGGGAAGCAUUGGUCUAAUGGGUUUAGUUUCUCAAGCUGUUCAUGAUGGCGGUCGCCAUGUCAUUGGGGUUAUUCCCAAGACGCUCAUGCCUCGAGAGCUAACUGGUGAAACGGUGGGAGAAGUAAAAGCUGUUGCUGAUAUGCACCAAAGGAAAGCAGAGAUGGCCAAACAUUCAGACGCCUUUAUUGCCUUACCAGGAGGGUAUGGGACUCUAGAGGAGCUUCUUGAAGUGAUAACCUGGGCACAACUUGGGAUUCAUGACAAGCCGGUGGGAUUAGUAAAUGUUGAUGGAUACUUUAAUUCCUUGCUGUCAUUUAUUGACAAAGCGGUGGAAGAGGGAUUUAUCAGUCCAAAUGCUCGCCACAUAAUUGUAUCAGCACCAACAGCAAAGGAGUUGGUGAAGAAAUUGGAGGAUUACGUUCCCUGUCAUGAGGGUGUUGCUUCAAAGUUGAGCUGGCAGAUAGAACAGCAGCUUGCAUACCCCCAAGAUUAUGACAUGUCAAGGUAG